AUGUCUUCAGAUAUGGCUGUGCCGGCCUUCUUCCGCUGGAAAUGCGUGUUGACGGGCAGUACGUCCGAUCUGGGACUUGUACGCUUGAUCCAUGGUCGUGUGGCCACGAACGGUAAUCAGCACCAGAAAGCUCGUAUGGAAUGGACAUGGGGCCUUCCUAGGGGAGGCUUAGCCUAUUAUCUCACGUCGCCUCGCAAUGCCAUCAUACUCCGCUCCGACAUGGCAGAUAUGCUAUGCCAAGGGCACUUUAUACUGUUUCCCACCUUCAAGACCUACAUGGACGCUAUGGCUUUCAGUGAAUGCGCUGGAGUCAAGAACCGUCAGGACAAUGACCGUACCCCGCGGCGUCCGCUGACAGCUCUGCUUCCACCUGAUCGCCUCUAUCGAUAUGUAUUCUUCCCACUCACCGACACUGGGCGACAAUUACAACGCCGAUUGCGGCUUCCUUCCCAGACAGCGGAGGACUAUAACUGGGGAGUUCAUCCAGUCACCGGCAAGGUUCUCGAUAGAAGGGCGAAGUCGUACCCUAUCGUGGAGACGCCCUCUCACCCCGUUUCGGUUUGCUCGCACACGAAUAACUUCUUCCGCUACGUGGACCAUCGCACCGAUGCGGACGCCCUCAAGCCGUGGAGACAGUGCCUUGCGCGCUUCCUCGCCCAAUGGGGCAUUGGAGAUUCAUCCCGCAUCGAGCCACCUCAAUGGUUUCUCGACGACGACGAGAAGCAUUGGGACGACGAGUCCCUGUGCAGCUCUGAGGCCACUGGAUAUUUGCCCGUCCCCGCAUCAGACGCCGGUCAUCGCCCGCCAAGAUAUGUGUCCUCAGACGGCACCGACGAUUCGCACUACAGCGUCCGCGUGUCAAAUUGGCUUGGCGAAGUCAAAGUUCUCGAGAACAUGCCCUCGCGGAUACCGAGGCUGGCUUCUUCCUCAAAGAAGGGCUCUCGCGUCGACCAACUCGCAGUCGCGCCGGCUCUGACAAGGGGGAGUUAUAGUGAUUCACCAUGUCGCAGAGUUCGCGAGCCCGCGAUGCAGCGGCGUGACUCGCCUGCUUGGGCCAAGGGGGCGCGCAACGUUCCGUCGCAGACAUUCACGAGUAGUGACUGGGCCUUGUUCCACUAUGGUGUCUCUUUGGACGCCACCCGUGCGCCUCAACGUCAAACCUACGCAUCUCGCGCCCCGCGACUCAUCCGGCCCUCUACACGACUUACUUGA